CAGAUGUCUCAUAACAAUUCUUAACCUGGAAUAUAUUAUUUGGUAACAUGUUUUUAAGAUUCAUAAGAAGGAGGAGCAAAAAAUUUGUAUUGUUAUACGUAAAUUGUAUUAAGUAUUAAAAUAUAGAAACAUUUUAGAAAUUGUAUGGGCAUGGAUUAUUUUGAUUUCUGGUUCAAUUGUAUUAUUUAGGAGAUAUUAAAAACAUAAAGAAUUCACACGAUAUAAUCGUAAAUAGAUUAUUGUUUCAAUUAUGGUCAUUAAUAUGUGUGGUAUAUAAUAUUUUAUUAGUUUGCAGCAUAUUUGGCUUAUCAAUGGUCUUAUGAGAGUGCACUCUUAUAUUUUCCAGAAUACUAUUUCUAAUAUAUAUUUUUUUGUUACACUAUUUAUUACUUUGGCAGAAAAUCAAUUAUAUUAGGAAUGCUUAAUAUGAGAAUGGACGUUUCUUAUUAAGAUAUUGAUCCAAUAAUUUAACUAAAAUUAUCAAAGUUAUUCUGCAUUGGAUUAUGUUCCUUUUUUACUAUUAUAUUCAUUAUGAAUUAUAUACAAUACUUCUUUGUUAUUAAUUCUAAUCAAGAUCAUAAGUAUGAUCUAUGUUCUGGUAGAUCAAUUUAAUUUAUUUUAGCCAGCUUUUUCAAUAUAGUCACUACAGUGGGAUUCUUUAUGCAAGGUCUAUUCAUAUUAUAGGUUAAGUAAUUAUCUAGGUAAGUAUCUAAAAACUUGAGUGCAUAGAAAUUAGAUGCUCCUAUGAUGAAAUUAAAGGAAUAAAUUUAAAAUAAUCAAUCAUCUUUAUGGAUGUUGGUUAUCUUUUGUUUUUUUGGAUCUUUUGUUAAUUUUAUGCAAAAUGUUUAUUUUGUUUCAAUGCUUGCAAAGUACAAACCAGAUAAUUUCUCAUGUUGGUAUGUUAAAGUAAAAAAUUAUAUAUUUAAAGUUACCAAAUCAAAUAUGGACAAAUGGUAUAAAUGCAUUAAUAGGAACAACAAUCAAGUUAUUUGAUUUUUUUUUACCAUAUUUUUUAACAGUAAAAAUCUUUUGGUAUAAUCCAAAAAAGAAUGAAUAAAAAUAAUUUGUAAUUAAUUUAUAUAAAAAUGUAGGAAACUGCUAAUACAGAAUAAAAUGAAGUUGAAGUAUACGAAUUGUAAUUGCCAAAUAAUUAAUCUUAAUAAACUUCAUCAUAACACAUUUAAGAGGAAUAGUGA